GCUCGACUCUCGUAAAACACCUAGAGUAACAGCAAUGUGAAAUAUAGGCCCGCACCCUCUCUUGUCGCUGCUUUGACACAGCUACAACCAUAUCUUCAGCCGUCGAGCAGGGAAUACACCAAGGGUAUUUUCAAUAUACGCCGCUCCUUGUGGCAUCCGAAAGCUUAGUCUGCCAUUUUCCGUCUAUAUUGUCAGGUCGAUCAACUCGUCCCACUCAGACCCUACUCGUCUAAAAAAAGAAAAUAAACUACAAACCAAGACGAGAUGGCCGUUGAACAUGACAUUAUUGUUUUCGAGGGCGAUUAUGCUGGUCCUGAGGUCGUUCGUGAGGGUGUUAAGGUCCUCCGUGAGGUUGAGCGUCAAACUAAAGGGGCAAAUUUCAAUUUGAAGUACCGUCUCAUUGGCGGGAGCUCUUGGGACGCCAACGGAGUCACGAUAUCUCAAGAAACCCUAACCGAGGCCGCAUCGGCGUCGGCCGUCCUGCUUGGCGCCGUCGGGGGACCGAAGUGGUCCACGGCAGGGGUGGCUGUAGAAUCCGGGCUUGGCCGGCUGCGCAAGGCCAUGGACGCCUUCGGAAACUUACGGCCGAUCAGCUUCAUUGCACCGUCGCUCGUGGCGCAGUCGGCGCUGAAGCCGGAACGAUGCUGCGGAACCAACAUGAUGAUUGUGCGCGAACUGACGGGCGGCAUGUACUUUGGCGAAAAGACAGAGCACGAUGGGUCUUUCAACAUGGCUGCUGACACAGACUUAUACACGAGAGCAGAGAUCGAGCGAGCGGCCCGGCUGGCAGGUAAGCUGGCCACGGCUACCGAUCCGCCUCUGCCCGUCAUCAGCCUCGACAAGGCAAACGCUCUUGCAUCGUGCGGCCGUCUUUGGAGGGGUGUGGUAAGCCAGAUCAUGGCCGCAGAGUUCCCUCAAGUUCGAUUGCAGCAUAUGUUGAUCGACACGGCGGCCAUGGUCAUGGCAAGCAACCCGACCAAGUUGAACGGCAUAGUACUGACAAGUAACAUGUUCGGCGACAUCAUCAGUGACGAGGCGUCUGCUAUCGUCGGCAGUAUCGGACUGCUGCCCAGCGCCAGCUUGUGUGACAUUCCUGAGGACCCUAUUCACGGUUCAGCGCCGGACAUUGCUGGGAAGGGGAUCAUCAACCCCGCCGGCAUGAUUCUCUCUGUUGGCAUGAUGUUCAAGUACUCACUGAAUAUGCCACUGGCGGCUGCCUGUAUAGAGAGGGCUGUCAACAUGACGUUGGAAAGUGGUCUACGGACUCCGGAUAUUGGUGGUUCAGCCUCAACGUCGGAUUUUGGCGACGCAGUGGUGGCCACUCUAGCUACUCUGCUUUGAAUUAUAU